CACAUUUAAGACAAAACACGUAUGAGAAAAGCAAUAAUAUUAGUCUUUAUUUAGAUGGAAGUAUAAGCGAUUAUGUAGAAAUUGACAAUGAUGAAACAAAAUAUUACAGUUCCGGGCAUGACUUUAAUGAUAUUAGUAUAAUAAGAAAAGUUACAACUACAAACAUAAUUACUACUCGCGGCUCCUCUUCUGAUAUAGUUAUUUCAUCUGGUCUUGUGAAUGCUAUGGGAAGUUCACGAACGAUGGAAUUGGCUCGGCACAUGUCUCGAAUGGUGGACGAAAACGAUAAAGAAUACGAACUUAAAAUAGAGGAUAAUACCAACACAAGAAAAGGCAAAGACAGAGUUAUUAAAGAAAGUUAUUAUCAGCCAAGAAGCGAAGAAGAAAAAAAACAGAUUAUCGAAAGAAAUCGAAAAAGAAGAGAGCAAGAAAGUUCCCAAGCCACAAAAGAAAAAAUUAAAGAAACAGAAGGCAUAGAUUUAAACCAAAUAGCAAAAGAGAUAGAUAAACAGCAGGAACAGAAUAAAAAAGAGCAAAAAUCAGAACAAGAAACUAACCAACAAAUUUCCUUACAAAGCAAAGACAAUGAUCAAAAUAUUUAUUAUGGAGUAGGAUUAAUCUCCUUAGUUCUUUUAGUAAUAAGUAUGGCAGUAGUUAGGAUGAAAAGAAAGAGAUAG